UCACACAUAAAUACACUCCAGCGGAUCGCCGGAGAGCCGUGGACGGGACACAAUUUACGGAAUAGAUUUACAAACCAUCUCUGGAGUUAACUUCACACACAGGAUGCCAGGAUCAGCCCCAAUCAGUUGCUUAGGACCAUGGCCCAAAGACGUAGGUAUCAUUGCCAUGGAGCUGUACUUCCCGUCCCAGUAUGUGGACCAGGCCGAGCUGGAGCAGUUAGACGGCGUAACGGCUGGGAAAUACACCGUGGGUCUUGGCCAAGCGCGCAUGGGCUUCUGCUCCGAUCGGGAAGACAUCAACUCUCUGUGCCUGACUGUGGUCCAGCGGUUGAUGGAGAAGAAUGGUCUGUCCUAUGACAGCGUGGGUCGACUUGAGGUUGGCACAGAGACCAUCAUUGACAAGUCCAAGUCUGUCAAAACAGUCCUCAUGCAGCUGUUUGAGGAUUCUGGCAAUACAGAUGUGGAGGGCAUUGACACAACAAACGCCUGCUACGGGGGUACGGCUGCGCUCUUCAAUGCUGUCAACUGGGUUGAGUCCAGCUCAUGGGAUGGGCGCUAUGCUGUGGUUGUUGCGGGGGACAUUGCUGUGUAUGCCACAGGAGGGGCCCGGCCGACGGGAGGUGCUGGUGCAGUGGCCAUGCUGAUUGGCCCUAAUGCUCCUCUGGCUUUUGAACGAGGUCUGCGUGGAACCCACAUGCAGCAUGCUUAUGACUUCUACAAGCCUGACUUGAUGUCAGAGUAUCCUGUGGUCGAUGGCAAGCUGUCGAUAGAGUGCUACCUGAGUGCUUUGGACCGCUGCUACACUGUGUAUCGCAACAAGAUCCACGCACAGUGGCAAAGAGAGGGUUCAGAGAAGCGUUUCAGCCUGGACGACUUUGGCCAUCUAGUCUUCCAUUCACCAUACUGCAAGCUGGUGCAGAAGUCGUUGGCUAGACUGAUGCUCAAUGACUUUCUAAACCACCCCAGCCCCAACACUGAGACGGGACCCUUCGCAGGCCUCGAUGCCUUCAGAGAUGUGCGACCAGAAGAGACCUACUUCGACCGGGAUGUGGAGAAGGCCUUUAUGAAGGCCAGUGCAGAUCUGUUUGAGAGGAAGACCAAGCCCUCCCUGCUGAUCUCUAACCAGAACGGAAAUAUGUACACACCCUCAGUCUAUGGCUGCCUGGCAUCACUCUUUGCAGCACACACCUCUUCAGAGCUGGCAGGACAGAGGAUUGGCGUUUUCUCAUACGGUUCUGGAUUUGCUGCUACUCUUUAUUCUCUCAGAGUCACACAGGACCACACACCUGGAUCUGUUCUGGAGAAACUUGUGUCCAGCCUGAGUGACCUGAAGGUCAGACUGGACUCAAGGCAGAAGGUCUCGCCUGCCGCCUUCUCUGAGAACAUGAAGCUAAGAGAAGACACGCACCACCUCGCCAGCUACGUACCUCGAGGCUCAGUGGAAGACCUUUUCCCAGGGACCUGGUACCUGACAAGAAUAGAUGACAAGCACCGCCGGGAAUAUGGCCGGAGACCUUUGGAGCAGGACCUGUCUUCAGAGCCAGAACUCGUUCGCUCCAGCACUGCCAGCGAGCACGGCCCCAGUCCAGCCAAGAAGAUGCCUCGCAUCCCUGCAGCCGCCGCCGGCCCCCAAGCUGCUGUCAGCAACUGAGCCCUCGGCUUACCUCUGAGAGGUAUCAAGGGAACUCUAACAAGUAGACCGCAGGGUAGUAGGACGCAACGGUGUCCCCUUGGAAGACAAACUAAACUAGGUUGGCGCAGUGCGGACCGCUUCCCAUUACCCUCGUUGGACAGUGAGCUCCAGAUUUGACCAGCCUAUUUUGAUCACAGUAAUCAUGUUUUAGCAAUCUUUUUGUUUUUCAACGUUGACAUUUGUACAUAUUUUCCUUUUGUAUUUGUGCAAAAUGGACCGUUUAUAUUUGGGAGAAGCGCACGCAGAUGUUAGCAGAUUAUUGCUGAUGUGAAACAAGCAGGUUUCCUACUGGCAGCUGGCAGCCAGUGAGAGGAAAUGGACAUACUGAAUGUCAUUUCAGGCCUCCUGCUAACAAAACCAUCAAGGGAAGUGUGCCUCAACUGUGCUGAUGUAUCGAAAAAUUGCUGACGCCACACCUCGUACCCCACUCUAUUUGUGUUCCAUACCUUUUUGUUUGCUAUGAAAAGGUGUGGUCAGUUUUCUGCAGGGCCAUCAUGUGACUGACCACACAUCAGGACUCACCCAGAGCUUCACAUGGUGGUGUCUUUCUUCCACCGUUGGUGCUGUAGCUGAUGUCAUGUAGAAAGCAUUAAGAUGUUAACCUGUUGACGUGUGAGGUAUGUUGCACCAAGCUCCUUUGAAUGACACCCUUCAUUAAUUUCCAUGGAAAGCCUAAAGCCACUAAGUGUGUAACUGCUGCUGUUCAAUGUUCCAAAGUCAUUCGCUCUGAUUGUUUUCAAAGUCUCUAAAGAGACGGCUUGAGGAGAAGUAUGGCAACAUUUGUCAUAAUCUACAUUGUAACUCUAUUAAAUUAACAAAUGGUUGAUAAAUCAUUACUCAUUUAUCAAGCACAAAUGUGCAACUUUC